GAAAACAAGCUAGAAAAAACCCAAAGCCAUGGCAGGCCCUAAUCAAUCAAAACCAUCCUCAAACCCUCCUCGGUUGCCUCCGCAGUCACGGCCGGGACCUCUCCGAUGCAUUUGCAUCAUUCUUCUCCUCUUCAUCAUCGUUAUCGGCAUCGCAAUUCUCAUAACUUGGCUCAUCAUCCGUCCCACUCCCUUAGACUACACCAUUGAAGAUGCCAAGAUCCACAACUUCAACAUCUCUUCUAACAAUGCUCUAAAUGCCACCUUCAACCUCACUAUUAAGUCUUACAACAAUAAUCACAAGGUUGGCUUAUGGUAUGACUCUAUGGAUAUCACUAUUUGGUAUGAUAAACAAAUGUUGGCUUUCGCCGAUGUUUCGCCUUUUUUCCAAAGAAAGAGGAAUGAGACGACACUGCAUGUCGAUAUCGGGGCUAUGGCGACACCGUUGAUGACCUCGGUGGCUAAGAAAAUCAAGAAUGAUCGGUCCUCCGGCGAGGUGGAGUUGGUGGUGAAGUUGAAUGCAAGGAUUAGGUUUAAGGUUGGUGCUAUAAAAUCUAAGCAUUAUGAGAUGGCGGUGGAUUGCUCGCCGGUGGUGGUGCAUUUCUCUCCGGCGACACCGUUUGAUAGGGUACAUUGUGAUGUCGAUGUAUGAAUUAAUUCUUAUUCUUGUUGUUGUUGUUCUUGUUUCUUGGGUUUUCUUAGUUUGUGUUAAUUAGGGUUUGCAUGCAUGCAUGCACGCAUGGGAUUGUUUGGCGAUUGAAUACGUACGUUGUUGUUUUGGUUUUGUAUUGAGUUGUUGACAUUGUUUUAAUUGAUUGAUUUCAUUGAU